GUCGCAACCACCGUAUCCAGCUCAAAGUACGCUUAACAGAAACUCUGAAGUGAUGUUUACUGCCCUGAAAUAGGAUUUUGAUCUGCUGCUGCUCUCCUCAUGGCAGAGGUCUACUAUGUUGGAGUGGACGUGGGCACCGCCAGCGUCAGGGCGGCGCUGGUGACCAGGGCGGGUCUGCUGAAGAGCACUGCAGAGGAGCCCAUCAGCAUCUGGGAGCCACAAGCUGACCAUUACGUUCAGUCCUCCACUGAGAUCUGGGAGAAAUGCUGCACACUCGUCAAGAGAGUUACCCAAAGUGUGGACAGGAGUCAGGUACGCGGGAUCGGCUUUGACGCCACUUGCUCUCUAGUGGUUUUGGACCAAAGCUUCCAGCCUGUGCCAGUCAGUCAGGAUGGUGACAGACAAAGGAACGUGGUGAUGUGGAUGGACCAUCGUGCUGAAGAGCAGGCCGCUCGGAUAACAAACACCGGCCACAGGGUCCUGAGCAGGGUGGGCGGGGUCAUGUCACCAGAGAUGCAACCCCCUAAGCUGCUCUGGCUCAAAGAGAAUCUAAAAGAAGUCUGCUGGAACAAAGCUGCUCACUUUUUCGACCUUCCAGACUUCCUGUCUUGGAAGGCAACAGGCUCUUUGACACGGUCUUUAUGUACUCUGGUGUGUAAAUGGACAUAUUGCCCUCCAGAAGGAUGGGAUGCUACUUUUUGGUCUAGUAUUGGACUGGAGGAUCUCCUGGAAAACAACUUUUCCAAAAUAGGCAGUGUGACGUGUCCUCCAGGGAGCCCGUUGGGAGACGGUCUCACCCAGGAGGCAGCAGCAGAUAUGGGUUUGGACCCAGGAACUGCAGUUGGUGCUUCUCUCAUUGAUGCUCAUGCUGGAGGCCUCGGCGUGAUCGGUGCAGAUGUAAAAGGCUUUCACUUGCCCUGUGAGGACCAGCCAAUCACCUCACGCAUGGCAAUGAUCUGUGGGACAUCAACCUGUCACAUGGCUAUCAGCGAGCGGCCUCUGUUUGUGCCUGGAGUGUGGGGGCCCUGCCUGUCUGCCAUGGUGCCUGGCAUGUGGCUCAACGAGGGAGGACAGAGUGCAACAGGAAGGCUGAUCGACCACAUGGUGAAGGGCCAUGCUGCCUACGCCCAGCUCCAGGAACAGGCCCGGCAGAGACUUCCCUUCACUGGCGAGAACAUCUACAGCUACCUGAACAGCCACCUGAGUGUAAUGGCUGACUCUCAUUCUGCCGUGGACCUGCUGGGCUCCAGUCUGCACAUGUGGCCGGACUUCCACGGGAACAGGUCCCCCCUGGCUGACCCCACCUUGAAGGGCAUGGUUAUCGGACUUUCACUCUCCCAAACCUUGGAUGACUUGGCCCUGCUCUAUUUGGCCACGGUACAAGCCCUCGCUCUUGGUACGCUUCACAUUCUGGAGGCCAUGAAAGAAGCAGGACAUGACAUCAGAACCCUCUUCCUGUGUGGCGGUUUGAGCAAAAAUGCCCUGUUUGUACAGAUUCACGCCAACGCUACAGGAUUGCCCGUGGUGUUGCCUGACCAGAUGGAGGCUGUGUUAAUAGGAGCAGCAGUCCUGGGUGCAUGUGCGUCACAGGACUACAGCAGCAUACAGGAGGCGAUGGAGAAAAUGGCUAAAGUGGGGAGAGUUGUUCAGCCCGACCAUGAACUCCAGAGCUUCUAUGAGAGGAAGUACAAGGUGUUCCUGCGACUGUUCGCCCACCAGAGGGAGUACCAGGCCCUCAUGAACCAGAGAUGACAGUGCCGGUGGGAGGCGGCUGUGCUGGAACUGACUCUCUCUGACGUAACGGUGCUGACGAAUCCACUCACUCGAAACAAGAACAGACGUCUCAACCUGGCUGCUUCUCCUGAUUUUAUCAGUGGUCUAGUUUUUUUAAAUUUUCUCAAUAAGCUGAAGGAAAACCAGUCUGAGGGCGUUUAGUUGGUUCUGAAUGCAUGACUGCUGGCACGGUUUAAACUUCAUACAAGCAGGAUUUCAAUCCACCUUGCAAAUAAAAAUAGGGGAGACCUUUAUAGGGACAAGCUGCUGGAGCUUUCUAUGGCUGUCUGUCUUGUAGAUCCGCUGCUGCAGCUCUACCUAAAACGAAGAGGAGGCUGCAGCAGGAGAGAACAUCAACAGAUUUUACAGUGAUCGGCUUAGAGGUCCCUCUGCUCCAUCCACAGUCAAAUACCAUCAAUUACUG